AUGGUCUAAUUAGUUUCCAGCAUUAUUCACUUUAAUUACUAUUUUUGUUGUCACUGAAGAAGGAGAGAUCAGAGAUAUGGGCUGUAAUUUUUGUAGGAACUUUGAACAUCAUAAUAUUCUGGGUUUGUUCAUCAUCGUUGUAUUAGUGGCUGCUAUGGUUGAAUGCAGUUCCUUAAACUACACAAAGUACAAUAAGCAAGUAAGUAGCUUGAGAUUCAAUAGGAUUAUUAAACACUUGGACAAGAUUAACAAGCGCCCUGUUCUCACCAUAGAGAGUCCAGAUGGUGAUAUCAUAGAUUGUGUUCAAAAAAGAAAACAACUAGCUUUCGACCACCCGCUCUUAAAGAAUCACAAGAUCCAGAAAGCGCCAAAAGAGAUGCCAAGAGGGAUUACUAAUAAUGUGAAGAAGGAUAAUAAUAAUAAUAAUGAGGAUGAGGAUGGCAGUAGCCAUGAAAUGGUAGGUGAAGGAGAAAGAGGAGCACUAAAAAGGCAAGAAUGGCAAAUGUGGCACCUAAAUGGGACGGUAUGCCCAAAGGGAACUGUUCCUAUAAGACGAAGCAGAGUGGAUGAUGUGUUCAGAGCUAAGUCUUUGUAUCACUAUGGUAAGAAACAGCCACGAACUCCAUUCUCCCGCCGCAUCCACAGUGACGCCCCCGAUGUAAUUAGCGGUAACGGCCAUGAGGUGCGUCGUAACACUGCUUCGAUAUUUCAAGCAAUGAACGAAUUCAGUCUUUCUCAAAUUUGGAUUUUAUCAGGAUCUUUCGACGGCCCUGAUCUAAAUAGCAUCGAAGCUGGAUGGCAGGUCAGUCCAGAGCUCUAUGGUGACAACAGACCCAGAUUAUUUACUUAUUGGACGAGUGAUUCGUAUCAACAAACCGGAUGCUACAACCUUCUUUGUUCGGGUUUUAUCCAAACAAAUAGUAAGAUUGCCAUUGGAGCAGCCAUCUCUCCUGUCUCUUCUUUUGCUGGCAGCCAAUAUGACAUUACCAUCCUCAUCUGGAAGGAUCCAAAAGCUGGGAAUUGGUGGAUGAGCUUUGGUGACAACACACUGGUUGGGUACUGGCCGGCCGAGCUAUUCACGCACUUGGCUGAUCACGCCACUAUGGUGGAGUGGGGCGGCGAGGUGGUGAACAUGCGAACCAAUGGCCAGCACACCGAAACCCAGAUGGGCUCCGGCCACUUCGCCAGGGAGAGCUUCGGAAAAUCAAGCUACUUUCGGAACCUUCAGAUUGUGGACACUGAUAACAGCCUAAUGAAUGUGCAGGGCAUCUCAACUUUGGCUGAAAACACCAAUUGUUAUGAUAUUAAGAGCUCUUAUAGCAAUGAAUGGGGCACAUACUUCUACUAUGGUGGGCCUGGGAACAAUCCUCAAUGCCCAUGAAUUUUACUUAGUAGUGAUCUUUACUUACAUAUGUUUCAGGUGUGUACACUUAGAGAUAGUUUUGGUUUCAAAUUAAAUUCGUCCAGGAUGAAGUAAUAACUUUUAAUUACAUUCUUUACUUGUAUGUAAUUACCAUAUUUUAAAUUCCAUGUUAUUGUUUAUGUAAA